AAGAAGAAGGAAGAAGAAGCGGUAAUUUUGUAUGUGGUGUGGAGCCUCAGUGUCAGUCAUUUCUCUUUUGUUUCAGAGAGUUUUACUUUGUUUUCAGAGUCAGUUAUGGCCCAGCAGACCGGCUACUCCCCCAGCUUCAAGCUGCCAGCAGACAUCAUGAGAAUGAGGCGGAAACGAGCUGGAAGCGACUCGUCCGGAGCUUUAYCCGCUAAAGACCCGAGUCCCGGUGGAUCCGCGGCCGCCACGAGACCCUUCUCCCCGGGCCCGCUUUUUAAAGAGCAGAACCGCCGCAGGGCGGGGAUCAAACGCCGSAACCCGUUCGCGACCAUCGAGAACACCUACAGCCCGCGGAAGAAGCUUUUUGUUUACGACGAGGUGGAGGGCGGGAACGUCGGUCCUGUCCGGACAGAAAAGGACGGAAAUGAGGACAAAACAACAACGAGUGUGGACUGUUCGGCUUGUACUGACCGCCUGAUGGAGGUCGGUCAGUCUGUCGUCUCUCUUCAGCCUCCUAAAGUCAGGCCUGUGUCCGUACUUCUACAUCUGCUCCUAUCAGUUCACAGUGCUGUUCAGGGCAGCGGGUCUGGGCGGGUCGGGUCACAUCACGGCGUUAGUUUCUCCCACAACUCGAGGUCUCAGAGAGGCCAUGAGGACUGAGGGUGUGGAGUUCUGCCUCCCUCUGCUGGAGAGUCGCAGGAAGAGCAGGGAGCAGCUGGGAGCUGAAGAACAGGAGGAGGAGGAAGAAACAACAUGGUGUGAUGAGGAAGACGAGGAGGACAGUGGAGAUAAAGGGGACAGCUUCUCGUGGCUGAAGGAGAUGGGACUUCAGGACAAAAUCAGGAAACCAGACGGCAUCAGCAUACAGCUGCAGAAGGAGGCUCAGACCACGUCUGUGGACCACAAACCAGAGUCUGUGGUGUGUGUGGAGGGAGCACACACCUUCAACCUGGUCAACUUCCUCAUCAGCUGCAAGAGCCUGGUGGCUGCUGCAGGCUCCCAGACUGGUUUACCACCAACACUGCUGGCUCCCACUGCCUUCAGAGGGGCCACCAUGAACACACUGAAGAGUGGCUGUGGGUCAGCUGACCUGAGUGGUUCUGGUCUACUUCCUGCUUCCGUCCGUCAGCUGGAACAGCCCUCCACCUUGGGCAAGACCGCCCUGAUGGAUAUUAACAUGAAAAACUACAGCUACACCUGGAAGAGCUAAUGAAAGCUUUACCUGAACUCGCAGAGCUUUGAAGAMACUCUGGAAUGGCAGCUUUUAUUUUGGAGAGGUAGUGACCUCAGUGUUUUAGCUGUUUUAUCUGAAGGUCUCCUGGUUUAUUACACUUAUCCUGAGUUUGAAAUGCUUUGUUUGGCCCUCCAUUAUCUCUUUUUAUUUAUUUUUUAUUGCAAAGUUAGAUAUUCUUUGCAUAUAAGAACUCUGAAUGAAUGGACACAUUUUAGAUGGAAAAACUUUAAYGAGUAAAUUCUUUUUUAAAUGCAAUAAAAACCCACCAAGAGUUCAAA